CCUUCGUUCUACACUUCACGGCUAUAUGCCUGCCAGUCUAUGACAUCAAUCACUCUCUUGUAAUUACACACGCGACUGACUUCAAGUCGAAUACCACCAACAUUCACCCGAGACUUCCAGCCACACCCAACCGCCAUCUUCGCCAUGGAUGAUGACUGGCAAGACGCGGCGUUUUCUUCACGCCACAUGCACAAUCGCAGAGGAAGCAGCGGCAAAUCCAAACACACCAGCGCCUUUGACGUCCGCAAGACAUUCGCAAGUUACUCCGUCAAAUGCCCAGCCUGGCAAAAGGCCUUAACUACAAACGGUGAUGCGCAGUCAGACCAAGAAGCUUCCUUAGAGUUGUACCGGCUGACCGAAUCCGGUGAGGGCGUUGUGGGCGAACUCCUCCUCUCAGGUGUGCUGCGGUCAUCCGUCAUUUUAGCCGGUAGUCGAGACAGCCUACGACGAACUAUUGCGGAUCUCGAAUCAGGCGACGAUGCGCCUGAGGAAGAUGAUCAAGAGGGGCAAGGCGAUACCAGUAGUAACACCGAACCAGAGUCGCCAGCGAAAACGCGCUUCGACAUAUUCGAGAAGAAUAGCUUCCGCUCUCCCAAGUUUUGGUUCCGCUGGAGCGGCGUUCCACAUGGUGUACCCAACUCAACUUCGAAAGAGAAUGGUUCUUUUGAAUCAGAUCUGGGAUAUCUUGUAUUUUCUGGAAACGACUGUCGAAAGUUCAAAGGCACCAUUAAUUGCGCCUCUUUGAAGUGGAAGAAUGUUGCCAUCACCGGCCACAAGAUGAUUGCGAGAUCAGAGUCGGAUACCCAGGUCACAUGGGGCAAAGAUGAGGUUCCGCUUUGAGGAAUCUUGAUAAUAGAUUUAUUUUGCCGUGUUCCGCCAUCAAUCAUACUAGUCAGCAUUCUCGAAAUCGAGUUUCUUGAGUUUGCGAUUUCCAUAUCUUCAC